AGAUCACAUAUGCCAUAUUCUGUUGUACUGCUCUGCUAGAAUUUUACUCCAUGCUUCCAAUUAUACCGGUGCCUGGAGACGAACCAACCAUCGCCGGCCUCUUCCACAGUGGCCAGCGGCCAGAUAUGGUCACUCAAUAUAGCCUCGUAGGAUACUUUGCCCGCAACAGAGAGCAUAGCUGGAUGAUGCGGACUGUAAGUUUGUUUGGAUGCAAGGAUUUCCUCGACCAGCGCUGGUGGAUGAGGUCCUGCUUCUCAUCCAGGAGAAUUACAAAGUUGGUUCUUCAAUAUCUGAAAGAUGGAUGGAAGGAAAAAAUACAAGAUGCUGCCAGCUAUCGCAGGUUUAAUGACAACAGGGGCCACUGGGCGCUUGAGGGCAAUCAAGACUUGGUCUCCAGCAUAAAGGGACCAUUCGAUGAGAGUGUCCUCAUCUGGCACAUCGCCACAGAUUUCUGCUUCUUCUUGAGCCCGUUUUCAGAUCAUAGAUGUUCCUUUGCUAAGAUCCCGUCAAUAUCAUCGAACUCAAAGUCGAAAGGGGAUACCCCUCCAGCUGAGGAGGCUAGGUCUAAAUGUGGAGAAUUGACCGCCUGCAAAGCCGUCCUAUGCAGACAGAUAUCCAACUACAUGAUGUACCUACUGUUUGUUAAUCCUGAGAUGCUAUUGCCUGGCACUAGGCGGAAUCUCUUCACAAUUGCCUACAAGGAGCUCAAGGAUAUCCUCGACGACGACAAGCCAAGUCUGUUGGCAACUGCCUAUAAAGAGCUCAAGGAUAUCCUCAAGGACAACAACCGGAAUAUGUACAGAAGAGUCACAGCCGCCAUUAAAGAGCUCAAUGAUAUACUCAGGGACAGCAAGCGGAAUCCACUAAGCUGGAGUCAGUGGAAGCCUGCACCAGCGAUACAGGAAGAGCUUAUGCAGAGAGUAAUCAAUACCAUGCUGGACAAUUCAGUGAAAGCUUCUGAAGAGGAGUCAAAAAGAAGUUCUGAAGAAAAACCAGAUGGAAGUUCUAAAGGAAGUUUCAUCGACGACGCCUGGGCUCUUGCCCAAGGGUUAUUGGCCUUAGGUGACGACAAGAUGUGGGAAGUGAUCCAGGGCGUCUGGGUGGAGAUGCUCUGCUUCUCCGCCAGCAGAUGCAGAGGCUACCUGCACGCCAAGGCUUUGGGCUCCGGCGGGGAGUUCCUCACCUAUGUCUGGCUCCUAAUGUCAUGCAUGGGGAUGGAGACCUUCACGGAGAGGCUGCAGAGGGAGGAGCUUCCACCGGCUUCUGACGCCCGCAAUGGCACGGCUUCAUCCACUUCCGAGAUCCACACUCGUGCUCGUGCGGCUCCAUCAACUUCCCAGGUCCAUCACACCAGCGCGUCUCCAUCCACGGAUGAGAUUUGCAUCGAUAUGUCUUAGCAGGUAGCACUCGUGGAGGCUAUUUCAACUGUUCGUAGUUCUUUUGUUCAGCUGCUUUCCCAUACAAGACUGUUUACCGAUUGUAGUAGUUCUUUUGUUCAGCUGCUUUCCCAUACAAGACUGUUUACUGAUUGUUGUGGACGCUUGGUUGUUGGCAUGCUUCUCCCUAGUCCUAUUGUUCUUGCUGCUCAUCACAGUAAAAGCUAUAUAUGUAAUGGUGUAAUCUGUUUCUUGUUAUAAUGCCUUCCAGAGUUCCAUCCGUGUAGUGUAAUGCUGCUAUUUUUUACUCUCCUUUUUCCGGAUUCAGUGUAAUGUUGAACUUCGAAUUGUUGAUUGCCUAAGGGCCAAUUUCAGUA